AUGCCUGUGACCUGGAAGGGAAGAGAAGGGGAGAAUGGGAGGGUGGGGGAAGGGGAGACGGAGAACGGGGGGAAAAGGGGACGAGUUUCGGGAAAUUCGAGGGAAGGGAGGGGAGGAAAUAGAGGCACAUCGCAUGUCAACAUGGAUCCGUUCAAUAAGCGCCGUGACAGCGAGGUGUGGGAGGCAAUGGGGAGGGCGCACCUGAGGGAGGUGGUAUCUCGCAUGCCGCUGGAGCAGGACACGGAGGUGGCGGAGGGAGGGGAGAACUUCAGUGUGGGGCAGCGGCAGCUGAUCAGCCUGGCUAGGGCGCUGCUCAAGGAGGGGCUGAGAUGGGUACAACUAAUCGUUUUCCCAUUUCACUUCACCCCACUUCAGGUAGCAGAGGGAGGGGAGAACUUCAGCGUGCGGCAGAGGCAGCUGAUCAGCCUGGCGCGGGCGCUGUUCAAGGAGUUGCGCAUUUUGGUGUUGGAUGAAGCGACGAAAACCGUUGAUGUGGGCGAGGAAUUCAAGGGGCGAACCAUGCUGACCAUCGCUCACCGGCUCAACACCAUCAUGGAUAGCGACAAGAUCCUGGUCAUGGAUGCCGACAUGGUGCGUGAGUAA